ACCUUCACUCGCAACAGCAAAGGAAUCUCGCUUUUCACUUAAUUUUGUCAACUUUAAGGGUGUCUGCAAUGCCACAGACCAACUUCAAGGUAGAGGACGCGGUGCGGGCUGUGAGUCAGGCCGUUGCGACUGUGCUAAAAUUCUCCUCAAAUGCGACUUUCGUAGGCACUUGCCUCUCCCGCCUCCAGGCGAGCAGCCCGGCCGAGGCAGAGCACCGCGUGGCGCUGCACCUCUGGUCGAUCCUGCACAGGCACCAGGGCGCCUCCAUCCCGCUGGAGAUCGCGCACGAGCUCACCAGGCGGCCCUUGUGCCAAGACCAGCUUUCGGUGAGGUUAUAUACGUGCCGAGACGACGACGCCGCAGAGGACCGCCCAGGAUCCGGCCAGGGAAACGACUCGCCAGCUGAACUGUUCAUGGAUGAUGGCAGGGACGAUCUCCUUUUCAAACUGGCCACGUCUGACCUGCGGAUGCACUCUACAGGAGGAACAACGGCUGCUCACAUCGCUCCCCAGCCUCAACCCAGCCCGAGCGUGUCUGCUCUGAAUGCACAGGAUGCACACACUCCAGUUUCCCCGCUACUCCUUCAGAGUCACAGACCGAGAGGCAAUGGAGAGCAGAGUCUAUUGUCAGACGACGUGCUUAUCGUUGAGCAGGCAGAUAAGGAAGGAGUAGCUGGGCCGUCAUCGCCCGACGAGGACAAAGAGGAGAUCCUUCGAGGUGGAAUCGCGCAUGACAGCCAGGGGCUUCUGCAGGACGUGUCGGCACUGGGGAGCAGCUGGGGUAGCCUCUCAGCGCGCGUUUUGUGUGACCCGACGCCCAGCGAGUCUUCUCUGCAAUUUUCUCGUCUGGACUGUCUUGAAGAAAGUCAGCUGAUGGCCGAUUUUCUUUCCGAAGAAGAAGACGCAGACUUACCUGCGGCCGAUGAUUGUAAUUUGGAAUCAUAUUGCCAGAGUGAUUCUAAAGAGCGUAUUGAUCAAGCUCUCUACCUGCUCUCACAAACGCCGACGACGUCGCAGCAGGAGGAGGCCUACGCUAAUACCAAGCGGCUGAUGGAGAGAGCCCUGGCUGACCUGUCGGAAAGUAUGGCUGAGGACGACCCUGCAGCUCGGAAGAAUCCUUGGUGGUGUCCCCUGCCGAGCCAACAAGUGGAACCGCAAACCCUCCUGCCAGACAUGGGGAACUCCAGUCUUUCUCUGAGCACUACCAAAGGAAGUGAAUCUGUGUCACUAUUGAGAGACCUGGAUAUGAGGCAAGAGGAAAACUCCCCGGAUGUAGUAGACGUUCAUGAAUCUGACUUCGAGGAUAACGAUUACGACGGCAGCUGUGACUUCGAUGGAUUCAAGAAGGGUGGAGAUCUGAAAAGUCUUUACCUUUCAGAUACGCAAACUAACUUGUGUAGUGAGAAUGGACAGGUAAUUAAUACUGACAAUACUCUAUCUACUAAAAACUAUAAUGACGACUACGAAUGGGGCGAAACGGUGUGUUCUGACAUACGGAGAGUGCCGCUGGGAACCCAUGCUGCCGACACCUACCACGGAAAAUCUGGCGAUAACCAGGUCGCUGCCCUGCCUUCCGCUUCCGUCGCCCCCAUCGAGAUUAAUAAAGUGGUUCCGGCGAUAAAAUACACUCAUGCGAACUUUUUAGACGUAGCCUCACUUCACGGACGCCCCUGCAAAGAGGCGCAACGUGACUCUCGUUUCCAACGGAGUGCGUUUUCGACAGGGAUACCAGACGCGAGUACUGCGGCUGCACACGAAAACAAAACCCGAGAGUGGCAAGGAGGCGGAACCGCUUCGUCUAGGGCGUCGCCAUGUCAGCUGUCGGAGGAGGGUCAGGUCUCCGAGGAGGAGAACUCCGAGUCCCUCUUGAAGGGAGUUGUCUUUGAGUCUAUUACAGGCUUCCCUAUAGAGAGGCCGCCUUCACAAGAGCCUAAUUAACGCUGUUAUAGCGCUGAUCGUCUUGAGUGAAAUGUGGCGCACUGAUGCUCUUUCGUGAAUUACCUGUAAAUUUGUGUUUUAGAGAAGAUACCUUUUUCCGACAGGGUUUACGGAAGCGUAACCAGACGCGCAAAAAUCCAGUACUGAGAUCUUGU